AUGUACGAUGAGCUACACGAGACCGGUAAAGAAUGGUAUUUUUAUGCCAUAAAAGCGGUGGCCGCAUUCGAAGUCGUAUAUUUGAGUGUCAGAGUGGGGAAAACUAAAUUUUUCUUUAGCGCUCUUCAAGAACUGGACGAUAAGAUGUUCUCGAUUGAAAGGGGAACCGUGAAGAACAAGAAUAUGUUUUUCAUUGCGAGUCCCUUGGUGUUCGUGGCUCUCGAUUCGGUCGCAAUGAAGGUGGUAGGAUUGCCGAACAGCGUUGUGGUCCUGGUGACCUUAGCGUUCUCUGUGACCGAUUCGGAGUUAAGCUUUUACGCAUCUAUCGCGGAAAUGUUCAGAAAGAAACUGGAAGCAAUAAUUCAUAUGAAUCCGAAGAUCGGCUUCGUACUGUACACGAGAUUGCUGCUUAGCGCUAUUAGUUUUUCUCGUGGGUUUCAUAAUCAGGCUCUUUUGAGAUUAUUGUUUGUUUGGAGGGAAUUGAGGUCUCUCUUUUAUCUGUGGAUCUUCUCUUGGGAAGUGGAGAGAACCAGUAAACUUUGUGAGCGGUUAAGGUUCCGGCUCGGAGAACGGAUCGCAUUUGACAGAUUAGAUGGCGACGUGGAAUUUUUCAUCCGCCGAUGGCUAUCGUGUCUCAACUCGAAGCACCUUCAAACUUUAAUCGGUACUACACCUGUUGUCAACGCGUACCUACCUUACAAGAUAAUAGAUUGGACUUGCAACUACAUUAUCAUUAUCGUACAGAUUUACAUGGCUUAUAACUAG